AUGUGGCGUACUCAGUGCCGCCGGCAAGUUGCGAGAGUCGCGAACACGAGCAUUUUAGGCGCGCAGAGAUAUCUUGCGAACUAUACGCGUACUUUACUUCCGUUGAACAACGAUACGAAGAUACCUGCACUAGGGUUCGGAACAUGGCAGGAUAAGGAUGCCCAAGAGGACGCCGUCUAUCAUGCCCUCAAUGCUGGUUACAGGCAUAUCGAUACUGCACGUGUUUACGGCACUGAGCCAGCUGUCGCCAAGGGCAUUGCACGCGCCAAUGUGCCACGAUCCGAGCUGUACUUGACGACCAAGUUGUGGAACAAUUCUCACCACCCAGACGACGUCCUGCCCGCCCUUGACGCCAGUUUGAAAGAUCUGAAGACCGACUAUGUCGACCUCUAUCUCAUGCACUGGCCAGGUGCCUUCAAAAGCGGUCCUGUGCUCAGACCCACCAAAGACGGAAAGGUUUUGACUGAUAACAUCGACUAUCUUGACACUUGGAAAGCAAUGGAGUCCCUACUCAGCACAGGCAAGACCAAGUCCAUUGGCAUUAGCAACUUCUCGAAGACCGAAGUCGAACGUCUGCUCAGCAAGUCCAAAACGCCACCCGCUGUCCAUCAAUACGAAUGCCACCCCUACCUAGCGCAGCACUCAUUUGCCGACUUCCACAAAUCAAACAAUAUCCACGUGACCCAAUACUCACCCUUCGGCAACUCAAACACCGUCUACUCCAAGGGCAAGGACAUCGCCAAGCUCAUCGAUGACCCAAUGCUGGCAGACAUCGGCAAGAAAUAUGGCAAGAAUGGCGCUCAGGUUGCGCUCGCUUGGGGUAUCGCCAAGGGCAGGAGCGUCAUUCCGAAGUCGAAGACGCCGUCAAGAAUCAAGCUGAAUCUCGAAGGCGACUUCGUGCUUGAGGAUGUGGAUGUUGGGAAGAUUGAUUCGUUGGAUCGGAAGCUGCGCUUCAAUGAUCCAAGUGAUUCCUUCGGCUACAACUUCUACGUGGGACUCGAUGGGAAGGAGUAG